CCUAUCGGAAGUGGUUUCGCAUAACGGAAAACGAGUUGUUUGUUAGCAACGGUCGCUGUGGAAUGGUUUUCUGUGAUUCUGUAAAGAUAGAGCCAUGUCGACGGCAGCUGAUGAAACGGCGACGGACGUGCCAGUGAAAGAUAUAAGCUUGAACCUCGCCGGAUUCGGGGGACUGCAAGAGCCGUCGUCAGCGCAGAAUGCCCGGGAACGCCAGACCGUGUCCCGGAUCAGCCGCGAGGACCUGGAGGACCGCUUCCUGCGCCUCCACGAGGAGAACCUGCUGCUGAAACAGCACACCCACAAGCAGGAGGACAAGAUCAAGAGGAUGGCCACCAAGCUGAUCCGGCUGCUGAAGGACCGGAAGCGGGAGGAGCAGGCGGGCGCGCGGGCGGCGGCGGCGGCCGGCGUGCGGGACGUGGAGCUGGAGGAGAUGGUGGAGGAGCUGCAGGAGCGCGUGCGGGAGCUGGAGAAGCACAACGAGGGCCUGAGGCAGCGCCUCCUCGCCGCCCGGCAGCAGCUGCUGGUGCAGGGCCGCCGCGGCGCCCCCUACGGGCACGUGCAGUCGCGCAUCAACACGGGCCUGCGCCGUGUCCGGGAGAGCAGCCCCGCCCCGGCCCACAGCAGCCACGGCAAAGGUUCCCGGAGCGUGGAGCUGGAUGGGAGGCCUCCCCAGUCCCAGCAGCCCCGAUACGGACACAGCCUGCUGGACGAAGCCAGGGCGGAGAUACGCAACCUGGAGAAUGUGAUCGAGUCUCAGAGGGGGCAGAUGGAUGAUAUGGAUAGAGGGGUGGUGAUGCUGCAGGAGGAGUUGAAGCAGAAGGAGAAGGAGUCUGAGGAGUUACUGUUACAGCUGAGAGAGCAGCAGACCAGUGGACAGAGGUUAACCAUCAAGGACAACGUGGAGAUGAUCAAGCUCCAGAAACAGCUGGCUGAGAAAGGCAAUGCAUGCACUGUGCUGGAGGGAAGAUACGUCCAGCUCCAAGAGAACCAGAAGAGCCUGAAGGCCAGCCACAAUGCCCUGAUGGCCAAAGUGGAAGAGCAGGGCAGCCAGCUGAAAGAGGAGCGCCUGAGGAGCCUGGGUCUGGAGAAGCAGGUUCAGAGUAGCUCUCUGGCCCAGCGGCGGGUGGAAGAGCUGCAGGAACGCAUCCAGGACCUGGAGAAGGAGAAGGAGUUGUUGAAGGAAAACUGUGAUAAGCUUUUCAACAGCGCUUUCGACGUGACCCAGGAGCAGCGGUGGAAGACCAGGGAACAGCAGCUGAAACUGCAGGUCGCCAACCUGGAGGUGGCCCUCAAGUCCGAUCUCACCGACAAGAAUGAGAUUCUGGACAAGAUCAAGGUGGAGCGAGAGCUGAAUGAAAAGUUGUCGCAGCAGAACGGAGAUUUACAGCUCCGCUUUCUGGAGCAAAAACAGCAGCUGGACGAAAUAAAAGAUCGCAUGAAGUUCUUCACCAAGGAGAGCGAUAUCGACAUGGCCGAACUGAGUGAGGCGCUCAUGCUCAUAAAGGUUAGGAACACGCAGAAGAACAAGGACCUGGGCUUCCUGGAAAAGGCGGAGGCGGAGGUGCAGAGGGAUCUGGAUCGCACCUUGCGGGAGCUCCAGGCCACGCAGGCCGAGACGGUCCAGGAGCUGGAGAAGACCCGCAACAUGCUGAUUAUGCAGCACAAGAUCAACAAAGACUACCAGACGGAGGUGGAGGCCGUGACCCGCAAGAUGGAAGACAUUAAAGUGGAGUACGAGCUGAAACUGGAGAGCCUGGCCCAGCUGCUCGACAUGAGGGCGGCCCGGAUCAGGAAACUAGAAGCCCAAUUAAAAGACAUCGCCUACGGCACCAAGAGCCACGUGUUCAGGGCAGAAGUCACCGAGCAGGACGUGGCGGAUGAGUUCGAUGAGACCGUGCACCUGGAGCGGGGGGAGAACCUCCUGGAGAUCCACGUCGCGAAGGCCGGCCUGACCCCGGCGGCGCUGCGGGCCCUGGGGGACCCGGAGCCCUCCACCUUCUGCACCUUCGCCUUCUACGACUUCCAGCUGCAGGCCACGCCGGUGGUGCGGGGCCCCAGCCCGGCCUUCGGCUUCACCUCGCAGUACACGGUGCGCGUGGACGACCUCUUCCUGCAGUACCUCCAGAGGAACAGCGUCACCCUGGAGCUGCAGCUGGCCCGAGGCCUGGACUACCAGACCGUGGCCGCCUGCCAGCUGCGGCUGCACCAGAUCCUGGAGCACAGCGGCAAGGUGUUCGGCUCGGCCCCGCUGGUCGGUGUGGUAGGGGAGGUCCAGUCGUUCGGCACGCUGGAGUACUGGCUGAGGCUACGGCUGCCCAUGGACCAGGCUAUCCGCUUGUACAAGGAGCGCACGAAGGCUCUGGGAUACCUCAGCUUUAACCACAGAGAGGAGGGACAGCAGCCUUCAGCGGUCCCUCCCGAGGCGUCGGUGGACGAUGGGCUGAACGAGCUCCACGUGACGCUGCACUGCUGCGGCGGCCUGAGGGCCCGUGAGCCGCACUCCCAGCCCAGCCCCUACGUGGUCUACAAGCUCUUCGACUUCCCCGACCACGACACCAGCAUCCUGCCCAACAGCAACAGCCCGCAGUUCGACGACCACGUGGCCUUCCCCGUGCCCAUGACCGCCGACCUGGACCGCUACCUGAAGGGCGAGGCCCUGCUGCUCUACGUGUUCGACGACAAGGAGACCGACAGCCACCUGUACCUGGGCAAAGCCAGAGUUCCCCUCAUCUCUCUGGCUCACGACAAGUGCAUCACAGGCACAUUCGAGCUGACAGAUCCCAGCGGCCAGCCCAGCGGCACCGUGGACGUGACCCUGAAGUGGAGGGGCACCUACCUCCCGCCCCCCGGAGCCUCCAUGACCGUGGAGCAGGCCAAGUUUGUCGCCAAGGAGACGCCGGAGAAAUUAGUCGAGCCGGAGCCGAAGGCCAGAGGACGGCCUCCUGUACCGCCUGCAUCGACCGCGCGGACCACAGACCACAGACACACCCCUGCGCCGGCCGCACAGGUACCACAGCCUAAGCCCAGACAGCGCACCACUAUAAAGGAGAAGGUUCCCAGCAAGAAGGUCUCCUUCAUGGAUAACUCUGCAUCAGAGGGUGCAGUGGAGGAGAGUCAUCUGCCCCCUACUGGCGCACAUGACACCGCACAGGAGGGGCCCUCAGGUCUGGUGCCCCAACAGCAGGCUGUCAGAGAGAAAGAGGCGGAGAAAGCGGAGCAGGUGACCUAUGAGGAGGAAGCGGAUGAGGAGGAAGUGUCACACUUCUCCGAGGGUCAGGUGGCCUCCGCCGGAUAUUCCUCCAGCUCCCAGGAAUCAGAUCUCUCCGACCACCUGCCAGUUCUGGAUCAAGAUGGGGAGGAUGCGCUGGCUACUGAUCUCAAUGAAUCGAUACAGUCAGACAGUGAUGACUGCAUCGUUCCAGGCCAAACGGACAAGGGCAGAAAGCAGCCUUCGGAGCGAAUCCGCAUCGAGAUCGUCUCCCUAAGCCUGAGGCCGGACUCGCGCGUCACCAGAGACGGCAACAUCGUGAGGCUGUUUGUGGAGUACCGCUUGCUGGACCUUCCCUCCGAGGAGACGCCCCUGUCUCUGCCCAAGCCACAGGCCGGCCAGAGCAUCCACUACAACUACAGCAACGUGAUCUACGUGGACGUGGAGAAUAACAGGCCCAGACGGGAGCUCUUGAGGUCCGUGCUCCGGGGAGAUAGCAGACAACUGGAAAGCAUAAAGUUCACAGUGGUGAGCGACCCCCCGGAGGAGGAGCAGGAUCUGGAGUGUGAGGACGUGGGGGUGGCGUUCCUGAGGGUUCCCCAAAUCCUGGAGCAGCAGCAGGACCUUAUAGACAUCAACCUGGACAUUAUGGACGUGCUGGACAGCAGGGUGGUUCUGGGAAGCCUGAAGGUAACCGUGGAGGCACUGCAGGCGCUGAAGUGCAUCAUGGGAGAGUCUCCACUCACAGUCCAACCUCUUUCUCCGCCUUAACACCCCAAGCACAAGUCACCCUUUUCACCGCUGCGCAUUUACAUAUUUAUUUUUGUCUUUUACAGUCGUACGGUUUUGUGUGCCUUUUUAAUCUUGUGCAGUUUCUUGUGGGCAAACCACCAAAGAGACGCGAUUGGCCCAUCUGCUUCUUAUGAGUGUCAACAAUGCACUUGAUUAGCGUAGCGCAGCUGGGAUUCGAUACACCUUAUUUGUGUAAUGCGUCGUGUGAAUAUGCGUUCAUUUUUAAUAAAAUAACUCUUUUCACCGAGCCAGCUCAGGAUUUAAGCUCCAGCAUACAGUUUGGAAAAUAAAGUUUGGUGUUAUCCCUAAUCACUCCAGUAACUGAAAAGCCAGUUAAGCCUCAUUAGGAGUUCUUGGCUAUGACGAUUUUAUUGGAAGUGGGAGAUGAAAAUUGCCUGGAUUAAUGUGUUAAUCCGCCUCUUUAAAAUGCUAAUGUCCAUUUUAUGCCCAUUAAAUCUCAGCAUGCUUUUUCUUUGAUGCGUGCAAUUUCUAUCAAUUAAACACGGAGCAGUGAAACGAGCACAGCACAGAUUAAUUCUGCUGCUUCCAGUGCCCAUUCUCUGGGUUCAAAUUUGCCUUGAAUGGGGAGAGGGGGAAAUCAUGCUAAUAUUCUCAACUGUUCUGCAAAAUGUGAAUUAUCAGCGCGACUGUACGGCUGAAGCCUUAAAUAAAUGUUUUACUAAACAAACGAAAUUAGUCUGUAGCUCCAACUUUGUUUUUGCAACCAAGCAACCAACCCCCAUCAGACAUCAAGCUUCUUAAAAAACACUGAUUAAAACUGUUAAAUGAAGAGCUAAGGGUUAAGCUUUGGGGCAUUGUGAAAUGUGUAUUAGAUUAUUCUGUUAUUUGUUUUUCUCUUUUGGAGUCUUUAGGAAAUGGUCUGCGUGAGUGUUUAGUUGAUUUUGUUCUACAGAGAAUGUUCUCCUGUUAACUUUUUAGUGUACAGUGGUAAUGUUUUGAUAAUACUUUGAAUACAGAUGGUACUGUAACUGCCUAGUAAGUUUCUGAUAACUGUAUUAUACAUACAUUAUAUUCUUGAUGGUUAGAGAGAGAGAGAGAACUUUGUAAAUCAGCACUGUAUUUUUCAGAGGUGUGAUAUAGAUAGCAAUGCUUUAUUGUACAUUAAUAAUUUCUCUGUUUUAAUGUAUAAGUCUAUUUUAUCAUUUAGCUCCACCAUGUUGUGUAUUUGU